UGACUCGGAGUCUGUCAGUGCCAAAUGCGAAUGGCAGCGGUGGGACUAAAGCUUUUGCUCACCUAGGUUUUUUAUAGUGGGAAGGUGCGUGUGGACAGAACAGACGGAGAAUCACUAGAAUCCUGGAAGAAGCAUGUUGAUGCAUGCAUGAUGGCGGAGAUGGCCUCAAGUUCGAACUUCGAAGGCACUGAUGGCAAGGUGCAGGCUACUAGUGGGUCUUCGUAAUAGACGCCCGGACCCUGGAAUUCCAAGGUAAACCGUGACCCUCUUCACCCUCCCCACAUUCCAAGAUGCCGGGCAUUGAUUUGAUUUAUGGGCCAAUGCUGGUCGGCGUGUUCUUCAACUGUAUCUUGUUCGGAGUCAUGGUCAUGCAGGCAUUCAUUUACUUCCAGACCUACAAAGCGGACCUGACUUGGAUCCGUUGGUUUGUCUUCUACCUGAUCAUUGCUGAGACAGUGAACACGUGUUGUGAUAUGUAUCUCAUCUACCAGCCUCUCGUCCAAGAGUUCGGUACCCCUGCUGCUGUAACAUACUUCCCCAUGAUGCUCGCUGCAUCUCCCAUUGUUACCGUUUGCGUAUCAACCCCUGUUCAAAUAUUCACAGCUUGGCGCAUCAGCGUGGUCUCCCAAAGGAAGAUAAUCGCCAUCAUAAUCUGCCUUUUUGCGUUACUUUCAUUUGUGGGCGCUUUCUGGGUGGGUAUCCAAGUCGUAACCUUCAAACUCUUUGCCCGAAAACUGUCAUUCCAAUUCAAUCUUCCUGGAGUGAUAUGGUUUGUGGCCUCUGCAGUAGCCGAUUUGUUGAUUACAGUAACCCUGGUAUUCAGUCUGUCGGCACGGAGGACUGGGCACUCGUUAACAAACAUAUCCAUCAAUCGGAUCAUCCGUUUGACAAUCCAGACGGGUCUUACAACCCUGGUUUUCGCGAUGGCUGAUUUGCUCUCAUUCACCAUAUCUCCACAAACUGCUGAAAACUUCGUCUGGGACUUUUCAAUCUCAAAGUUAUACACGAAUGCCCUACUAAGUACACUCAAUGCACGUGUUGGCUGGAGCAAUCUGAACACGGGCGAUCGUGACCCAGAAAACGUGUUGUUUGGCGACUCGACAACGCAAAUAGGGUCGCAUCCUGCGAAGAAUUACAUUAGCAACACGGGGGCACGCCGAAGGAAUAUCACCACUGGUACUGCUUCAGAAACUGUGGGCUCUUAUGAGCUACAGCCGCCCGGUUUCAACGGAGAUGUCAACGUCAAUAUCACAAAGCAUACUGUCAGUGAUUAUACUCCUGAAAUUCACGACAAUGCCGUACAGGGCUACACACAAUGAGAGUCACGACGAUUCUGUCCGAGUCACUCUGAACGCCGCGCACACGUUAUAUUCUCUUGAGAGUAGUUAGGAGAAGCGGUGAACUUGGGAGUAUUGUAUGUUUCAAAACUUUGGUAAUUUUCAUCGGAUGUGUUCUCAUUUCAUCGUAAUUCUUGCUUUGCUGUAUAUUUAAAGUAUUCUGAGCACUCAUUUUAUAUGCGUAUGUGAACUUCACUUCUUGAAGUUCAUGGACAUUA